GAGCACAUUAUGCAGCUAAUUGAUAUUAACUCUAGGCUUAGAGACCUAGACAUGGGAGUUAAAGAUGAACAGGUGGUGCAUGUGGCACUUCAUUCUCUGCCAAACACCUACAGCAACCUGAGAACUUCAUAUAAUGCCUUAGAGACCAAAUGGAACCUGAACAAGCUAAUCUCGAUCUGUGUGGAUGAGGAGGAAAGAAUUAAGAGAGAGGGAGUACCAACCACUACAGUUAAUCUGGUUGAGAAACCAAAGUGGAAAAAGCAGAAUAAACUUAAGCCUAAGAAGACCACCCUCACUAAAAUAGCUGGGAAACCUACAGAAGCUAGAGCUGGAAAAGUCUUUAAGUAUAAGUGCUAUUUCUGUAAAAAGAUAGGGCACAUGAAGAGGGACUGCAGUGGCUUUAAAGCUUGGAUGAUCAAGAAGGGGUAUAACACAGAGGAGGGCACCAAGGAAAAGUGAGCAGCAGGUCUGUGUGGGAAAUGGAACAAGGGUAGCAGUUAAGGCUAUUGGAACUCUGAAGAUCGAUUUAGGAUUAGGCAAAUUUAUUUUUCUGGACAAUGUUUAUUAUAUUCCUUCCUUAAAAAGGAAUCUUAUUUCAGUA